AUGCCUCCAAAUGAUUUCCCUCUAGUUACCCCUGCUCAUCCCGCCUUUCUCGCUAUCUAUAACCCAUCGCUAGGCGCCACAGAUGAGACCCUCCAUGACCAGAUCGUCUACUGCUAUUCGAAAUCAAGUCGCUCAAGGGUGUCCAGGAGGGCACGGGCGGCCAGUGAUAAUGGAGACGACGAAAAAAUCCAGGAAGAUGAAAACGAGAGACUGCGCCAGAUAGGCCUGGCUCAGGGCAUGCGCAUCGACUUGACGCGUUUGGCUUCCGAGCCUUCGAUUCCGACGGAACAACCCUCGAAUGUGGAAUCGACGUCCGCUCCGCCGGUUGAAUAUUCGUCACGAGAAGUGUCUCCGCCGUACCUACUUCGACAGCAACUUCAAAAGGCACAUUCUAUAUUUUUGCUACAUCACGCAUCAUCGCUCGACUCACUCUACAACAGUCUCCCGAGAGAGGGAUUUUAUAAGAUACUAGAUCGAUUUUGGACAAAAUUUGUCUUAAAUUGGGAUGUCCUCCUUCACGGAAAUCCCGCCGUAGAAAUCCUCAACGGUAUAAAACUUGCGGGAUGCGGGGAACUUGGUAUAGGAGUUGGAGAAGAGGAAUGGGGAAGUGGGGAGCGAGAAGUAUUAGAGGGUUUUGUAUCCAGGACCGACGGCUUGGUUGAUAUGAUACUUUCGCGUUUUGGCGACCCUGAACCCAACGAGGGCGAGAAAGAGGUCAAAAAGGAGGCAGGCAAUGCCUUGAGCGAAAGCCUUGGGUUGGGUGGUGGUACGCAUCCUGCGCCCUCAGAUGGCGUUGUAUUCUUGGGCACUGGAAAAAUCGCUGCGCCUUCGCUUUUAAGCGUAUCACAGUGGAUGGAAUGGAUAUAUCGGUACGGCGAGAGCGCCUAUGGCGUAAAAGAUGACCCGAGGUCCGCCAGGCGUCGCAACAGAAGAAGGGAGUUUUCGUCGGUCUCUGUGACUCGAGGGUCUCGUCCUAGACCGAGCUCCCAUUCGCGGUCAAAAUCGGCUUCAAUGGACCUGAGCCCGAAUCGACGUUUCUCGCCAGGCAUCCCACCGCCCCUUGUUGUCAGUCCUGGCCCUCCGCAAGCGAGAGAUGGACCAUGGCCACUUGGCUCUGAAGGCGCGAAACCACCCGAGGCAAGGCCGAACUCGCCGGCUUUGAGCACAGAAACGUUCAUGAAAAUGAUCACCCUUGGUUAUGGUUCUGCCUGGGGCGGUUCCUCAAGAGGUUUGUUGGCACAUCCUCGGGUGAACAUAUUACGGUUCGGAAUGGGCGAUAGUUCGAAUAGGGAUACUUCACCCCUGGACACUAGUUCUACGGAACGGGGUGGUCUACUUGCUCAGCUGGAUGGAUCUCAGGGAAAGUUCAUCAUCGGUUUGAGAGUUAACCUUGAGAAUGAAGACUCAGAUUGCGAUAAUAACGAAGCGCCUGGCGAAUCUCGGGAAGAUCAAGCAGCAGAAGUAAAAAGCAAAUCGAUCAAGAUAACAUCGCGAACCCUGAAUGUCAAUGUCAUCGAGGGUGGAUCGAUUGCUCCAAAAACGCUACGAGUUGUAGUCUACCUGUUUCAGCCGUUUAUGUUUACAUUUCUUUUCGACCCCGAAUCGCCAACCCUAUCCUCUCCCACUUUCUACCGUAGUCUGCACCAUCAACUGGGCCCUUUGCAGAAACCCUUACUCUCUUCCACCUGCCCUUCGAAAGCAGCCCAACGACUUUCUCACCACAGUUUAUAUCACGGUUUCAAAGGAAAUGAAGUUUCGCAACAGCAUAUAUACGAUGUCGUCUCGGACCCAUCAAAUCACACCGUCCGCGCUUCCCUGCCGAACAUUCCUGAACCUGGGUCUUUGGCUAACGAACCGGAUUCGUGGAGCCGAGUCGAGGCUCUAAACGUCCAUACGCAGAUUUUAAACACGUUUAUUGAAACCAGAUUUCGCACUUCAGAGAUUGAGCGCACCUGCAAAACUAGUCGCGGUUGGUGGGUGCUCUGGAUGAGACUGAACGACAGCUGCGCGCGCCCCAACUCUCGCGACACUCAAGGCUCAAGCGAGGAAGCGACUGCAUCAACACCACCGAAAGAAGCCUUUCUCAUCUGCAGGACCAGUGACUCCUCCGCCUCGGGCCAGGCCGCAAAUAAAGGAUUAUUUCGAAACAUCGCCGGUAGCUUGGGAGAUACGCAGAAGAGUUGGAUUGCGCCGGGGAAGCUCGCAGAAGGGAUCGGGCUCGAUGCCAAAAGGUAUAUAGAGACGCUAUUAAGUUUGAACCGAUAG